UGUCGAUUAAGGUUUGUAUAGCUGUUUGGGAGUCAGUUGACAUGAAGCCAUUAUUGUCUAUACCUACCGAUCCAAAAGCAUCGAUUGUUUGAAUAGCUGUAUUGUCACACCCAGUAUAGUUGGUUUCAUUUUUCUAAAGCAAAGAGUAGCCUAUUCGUCUUUUCAAGUCAAUUUGGCAGCCAUAUUGGAUUAAUAAACUCUAGACAUUUCGCACUCGAACAUUUUGUAAUAAAACAAAACCUCUUCUAACGCAUAUCUUCUGCAACCAGUGAAUAAUUAAACGAACGAAAGCAUACAAGUGGUAGAACUUUCUAUACGUUUUAAAGAACACUCUCUGUUGGACAUGGAAGUGGUAGGAACAGGAAUACCAGGUGCCCUGGUUCUUCUUCUCAUCUAUACUGCCAGACUAACACCCUGCCAAGGAGUUCCUACAAUUGCAAGAGGACCUGAGAACCAGACUGCAAAUUUCGGGGAGACCGUGCGGUUGACAUGCAUGGUCCGUGACAAAUCCGGAGGGUACCUUGUCGCUUGGUUCAAAGAUGGAACAAGAAUUACCCGCAAUAACAACGAGAGCUUCGAUUCUCGGCAUGUGGACACGUCUCGAUACAUCUUGACAGGCAACUGGGAUCAAGGAGACUACUCUCUUGAAAUCCAACACAUCAUCUCGUUAGAUAAAGGAGCAUAUAAGUGUAUCAUUCAAGAGGCUAUCUCUAGAGAUUUCAUAGAUACUUCAAUAGAAGCGACAGUGAGCAUUGAGUAUUCACCUUCUCUCUCGUCGUUCUUGUGCUAUAUACCCGAAUCUUCAGACUUGCGCAUUGGGUACACAAUCACAUUCGUUUGUCAAGCUGAUCUCGGAAACCCACCUGCGUCUCUCAGUGCAACCUACGAUUUGUCACCUGUUAAUGAAACCACGGACAAAGUGGGCAACGAUAUCAGGCUCAAUUACGAAAAGACGCUUGAGAAGGAAGAUAACGGGAAGGUAUUCCGCUGCACAUUAAGCCAAGAGUUACUAGAUCAGCCAGAAUACUGUAAAGUGGGUCCUCUGGUUGUUGAAUACAAACCGAUGGACAUUGCGAUAACUUCUGCAGAGCUUCCAUAUGAUGGUUCAUCGUUGGCAGUUGUCGAAGUCAAUACUAAAGAAGUUGUUUUCACUUGCGCUACUUCUGCUAACCCUGAGGCUCAGUACACCUGGACUGUGACAGAGGCGCAGGGAUGUUCGAAGGGAAUGAACCAUUAUUCCUUAGAAGACCAGUUGAUCCUUACAAAAGUCGACAUGGCUUACGACGGUGCCGUCAUCUCAUGUACGGCCAACAAUACCAUCGGAAAAGCAUCAACAUCUAUUACAAUCAAUGUUAUGAACGAUGAUCCGAAUGCAUUGUGUUAUUCAACAACCGCACCCGAACCCGAAGGAACCGAACCCACGCCUACGAAAGCGCCAGUUACAGGACCGAUGAUGUUGACCACCAUGCAUAUUAUCAUCAUAAUCAUCGCAGCCGCUUUCCUGGUAGUCAUCAUUAUCCUGGGUUACAUCGCAUUCAGCCGGCGUCGGGAAACACCAAUCCAGCUGACGAUGAUGUCCGGCCCUGAUGACACCCGCUCGAUCGCCGAAAGCAUCAUCUUCCAUUCCCGGCACAACACCCCUGAUCCAGAGCAUCGAGGCAACUCCCUAGGACGGAUGCAGAGCAACUUCAGCACCAUGUCAUACGAUACCCAGAGCAUCGAUUCCGCUACUGCUCUUAUGCACCUGAGAUCCUUAGAGUCGCCAGAGUACAAGACCAACCCCAAGCUAACUGGCUCACCAACUCGCAAACUAGGCGGAAAAUGCGGCAAGGAGUACGGGAAGGAGUGUGGGAAGGAGAUCCAAAUGGACGACAUGGAACGAUCUCCAUUUCACCGGUUCCAUUCCACGGACAACACGUACGAAGGGUCGCCGAAGAGAGGCAGUCCGACACCGCCAGGCGAGAAAUCUACGCUUACCCGACAGCCAAGCGAGCAUAAGUACGAGGAAUGUCCACCUCUUAAGAAGUACACGACCCAUGCCAGCCAGACCGAUCUUGCUUUUACCGAUGAUAAAAUCGAAGAGGAAAGGCAGGAAAUAUCAGACACCAGUGAUAGUGAUUCUGAAUUCGAUUACAACCCUAAAAAGCAGAAUUUUAGUGUGAACAAUAGUAAUAUAAGAUUUGCUAAACAUACCGAAGUUUAACACCACGUAGCUAUAAGUCGGAAUAUCAAAAGAAGAAUAUAAAGCAAUAUUUAAUCAGAUACAGUUUCAUCAAGUUAAUGUUAUUACCCAGAUAUCCGAAAGAUAAGUUCGUAACGUAUUUCUACACCAAAUUAUUUCACAAAUAAAAUACAGUAAGACGCAAACUUUGUAAUCAGUAAUCUCUUCUCUACUACAUGUAUAAAUGACAGCAUAUUCGCUGGAAUAAUAUAAUUUCUGUCUCUAUAGCACCGAUCAGGUAAAUUGCUAUUGUACAAUAAAAGUCAGUUUAGUUUAUAACGUGUGACAGUAUCGAAUAUUAUGAUUGCUUUUUCUUUCUGUAUUUUGUGCAAUUUUGUAUCUAUCCAUCUAUCGUCUGAAAGAUAGUUAUGUGUGUGUGUUUAUAAACGUCAUCAGCGUUUUAAGAAUCCAUUUAUCUUUCCUAACAUACUUAUCAUAACCACUCACUUAUACAAAAGUAAACAAUGGUUCCAUUAUUCAUGAAUUCAACUUUCUUACGAAUAUUUCUGGUCGAAUUAUGAAAUAUCCCGCAUUAUAACGCAUAAUGAGUUUAUAAAAAGUACUUACAUGAAUUAUGAAUAAGUUCCAUAUCCUAGAGUUUAUCAACUUCAUAAUGCAAUAUGCUUUGUUUCCCUUUUAGCUGUACGAUAUUUAACUCUGUUAGUUUCUUUCCCGUCCUAUAUAUGUCUAUUUUUUCUCCUAAUUUUACUCUUUCUCUUGCUUUACCUCUGUCCAUUUUGUAUAAGUAUCAUUUCAGGAUUCCCUUCUACACGUUGUACAUUUUAUACACGUUGUCUCCUAUCAUUUCUUCCUCCCUUUCCCUUUCCCUUUCACUCGUACUCCUCCUCAUUCGUCUAGUUAACACUCUUGAUUUGUUCCUAAUUUUGUUGAAAAUCUUCGUGUAUUUUGUUUAGUUCUCGAUCCAUGCGUAUGAAUGUGCUUGCACUAAAUGUAAUCGCUAGUAUUAUUUCUACCGUAAUCAGAUGCAUCUCCCGAUAUUUCUACUUCUCCUAUCACACAUUAUAUUACUUUUAUUUCUCAAUGAAUUAAAUACUGAUAUUGGGAAAUAAUUAUUAGAACAAUCAUAAUACUCAACCAGGAUGCAACAAAACAUAGAUAAUUAAAUUAAGUUUAAGUUAAGAAAAGUUAAAGCAAUCUUUAAAUGAAACUAUGAUUCUUUUAUCAGAAUGUUUGAUGUUUACGAUAACAGCUGCCUUUAAUACAUGUUUGUAUAAUUUAAUAAGUGAUAUCACGUUAUUUAUUAUCAGGACAUAAUUCUCAGUGUAGUGCAGGAUGAAAGGUUUCAUGUUUCAUUUAAAAAAAAAAAUGCUGGUAAUUUGAAUAACUAAUAGUAUAAGCAUGAUAAGAAAGACGCUGGAAGCAAAACGGAUGCGUUUUAUAAGUUAUAUUUGAUAGGAAAUUUGAACCGACGUUUUUGAUGACAUUUUUGCAGCACAAAAUCAUUUUAGCCGGCAUGUUGAACUCGGCAUCGUCAUAAAUAUGUAUAGAAAAGGUAUGUAAGAUAUUUGUUCCUAAGGAAUUAUAUUGUAUAUUAAUGUAAUAUUAUGAUAGAACUAUACGGGGAUAUAAAUAAAUUGUAUAUGUAAUGAGCAAUAUUUACGUUUGUAAAAACAAUAGUGUAGUUGUAUAGAUCUUGUAAAGAUGUAAAUAAAGAUUAAUAAAGUAACGUACAGAACGGAUGUAUUUUA